AUGGCCCUCCGCACGACCCUCGCGCGCCUGGCGCAGCCGCUGCGAGCCCAGAGCGCCGCGUUCAGCGCGAUCCCGACGCCGCGGCCGAAGUACACCGAGCGCCAAGAAAAAUUAGGAAGGCCCAUGAGCCCGCACGUGACGACCUACGCCUUCCCGGCCGUCGCCAUCAGCUCGAUCACGCAGCGCGUGACGGGCGUCCUCCUGAGCGUCGGCGUCGGCGGCGUCGCCGCGGGCUCGCUCGCCGGCGUCGACAUGGCCGCGCUCGCGACGGCGGUGUCGUGCUACCCCGUGAAAUUCAUCGUCGCCUUCCCGCUGACGUACCACUACGCCGGCGCGCUGCGCCACACGCUCUGGGACCGCAAGCCGGAGACGAUGCUCAACAACAAGGACGCCGAGAAGUCGUCGUACCUCGUCAUGGGCGGGUCGACCUUGGCCGCCGCCGGGCUGGCGGCGCUGUCGUGGUAG